AUGAGAAGAUCAAAUGUAACUCUUGAGAGGUCUGACAAGAAAAUAUACGCCUACGGAAGCACCACACCGCUCAAUGCCCAAGGUCUACGUUCUGAAGAUUUAGAUGAAACAGACAAUGAUAUUGAAGAAAAGGAUGAGGUAGGUGAGAAUGAUAUUCUUGGAAGUCCUGUCAUACAAAGUAGGAUAAGAGAUUUUAUUCGUCGCGAUAGCGAAAGUGAAAGCGAAAGUGAAGAGGUUGACACUGGCAGCUGUUUUGAUGUAAACACGGACUUGAUCAGCAGUGUUGAUGAAAGGAAGUCGAAAAAUAAGUGUCAAUGUUUACGUCAGUUUCGUUCCAAUGACGUUGUAGAAAAUCGAAUAAACGUAUCUGCAAUGGACAGUGAAACGCGUGAUGUGUUGAUAAUGGGUCAACUUCAGGCUUGUGGGACUAGCAAAGGUGAAGUGACCAAGCAGGGAAAAGACAGAAAAAGACAUAAAUUUGACUAUCAAUUUAUGAAUUCACCUGUGUGCAAAGAUUGUUUUCUGUUUGUCAACAACAUUGGCGACAAACUAUUAAAAAACAUUAGAAAGCAUUUGUACAAAGAAGGAGCAGUGCCCAGAGUCCAUGGAAACACCAACAGGACACCCAAACAUGCUGUCAAUUAUAAUGAUGCUCAGCAGGUUGUGAAAUUUAUCACAAGGUUUGCAGAUCAAUUUGGUAUACCUCCGCCAGCUGCACCUAGGGGUCGAGAUGGCAUUCCCCCAGUUUACCUUCCUGGAAAAGAAAGCUACAAGACUGUCCACCAGCAAUAUGCAGAAGCAUAUGGUUCUAAAGAUGACAAUCGAGUCCUAUCAGAAACUACAUUUCGAAGGAUUUGGCACAGAGUUGUUCCCCACGUGAAGUUUAUGACUCCACGCACAGAUGUAUGCCAUAAGUGUGAACAAUUUCGGGAUUUAAUCCAACAGUCAAGAACAGAGGAGGAGAAGUUGUCAGCUACUGAGGCAUUCAGUGACCACAUCAAGUCAGCCCAGAGAGAAAGAGAUCACUACAGGAGUGUAUGUGCUGCAGCCAAAGAGGAACUUGAUGGUCAACCAAGAUCAGAGAGUCCUGUCACACCUUGUUCAAAGGAUUUGAAGAAUGUUCAUUACAUAUUUGACUUUGCACAGAGUGUUCUUCUUCCGACACAUUGUAGACAAGAAGGGGCUCUUUAUUUUUUGUCUCCUUUUAAAGUGAACUUAUUUGGUAUUUGCAAUGAUGGAAGGACAUUGCAACAUAACUAUGUGUUCGGGGAAUCCCAAAGUAUUGGUGAGGAUGGGCAGCAGAGCCAUUCUGCAAAUUCCGUUGUGUCCAUGCUUGAUGACUUUUUCAACAAACACAGUGAAGGAGAGGAAGUGUGUCACUUAAAUGCUGACAAUUGUGGAGGACAAAAUAAAAACCACAUCAUGACAAGUUAUCUUUCAUGGAGAGUAGCCAACAGCCUACACAAAGAAAUUAAUUUACAUUUUAUGAAACCAUAUCAUGCUAGGUGUUUGGUGGACAGUUUGUUUGGUCUAGCCAGGCGGGCAAUUCGCCGUACAGAUUGUGAUUCCAUGGAGGAUCUUAAGCGGACUGUGGAACAUUCAACAUCACACAACCGUGUUGUUCUGUAUGGAAGCCAGGAAGGAGAGUGGCAGUGGAGAGACUGGAAGACAUUCUUCAAGCCAGUGUUUCGCGCAGUCCCUGGUAUCCAGACAUUUCAUCACUUCAAGUUUUCUUCAGAAAGACCAGGUGAUGUUUUUGUGCGGAAAGAUGUAGGUGGCCCGGAGACAACAGUACGCCUGCUGAAGAGAGGGAAGUCUGUGCCGACUGGUUUGCCAAGCAGACUGGAGCCAGCAGGAACAUCCUCAGCAAGGUCCAAGUAUCUUUAUGGAAGUAUUCGACAGUUUGUGAAGGAUCCCCACAAGGAUGAGUUGUGUCCACCACCUCUUACAGAGGAAUGAGCAAGAUAGUCAGUGGCCACAUAACAUUGCAUUAAUUGUUUCGACAAAUUUGAAUAGUUCAGCUCCUUUCAGUGUUACACAUGUAUUUAUAAAAUCAAGUUUUACAAUGUAGUCAAAGAUUUCUUGUGUUCUAAUUUAUCAUCUCAAUUAAAUGUGUAAAUUGUAUAUAAUGUGUUACGGUAUAUCUUUGAAGAGACAUUCUGUUUAUAUUCAUAAAGUGAACUCUAGUAGGAAUGAACAAUGAAAUCAAUUUCAAUUCCAACUCAACUCACAAAAUAAGUUGUCUUCUCACAACUCUUGUUUUAAACUGUGUUUUAUAUUGAUCAUCAUGCAAUAAUCAUCAGUUCUUUGAAACCAAGGGGAAGUGUGUAAAAUGCAUCUGGAUAAUCACAAAAUCUCUUUUUGGUACUAGUAUUUGUUUUGUAUAUAUAUCCAACUUCUCAAUGCUCUAGCUAGUUAAUAAUAUGCACAGGUCUGUAUUUUUAAUAUUGGUAAAUAUUUGUGUAAAUAAGUAUAUGCUCCUAUUUUUCAUGUUAUUAAACAAUUGAGUUUAUUUGUUUGCAAAUUUAUGAAAAUACAAUGUUGUACAUAAAUAAACAAAAUCAUAUUUUAACUGUU